UCACUCACUGAAAACAACACAAAUACAGCUUUAGUGGGAGGGGAGGUCAGAGAGACUCCAUCUCAUAUCCUGGCACGGUCAGAGGGCUCUCCCUGUCUCCUCCCCACAGGGACACCGAGUGGGUAAGCCUCCAGUGCUCAGCUAUCCUGAGGGAAAUUCGGAAAUUAUUGCUCAGGAAAUUGGGAAAGCCAGCCUGUGUGUGAUCACACCCUCAGUGCUACACUGGAUCUCCCAGCUGAGCGUGCUCGUGGCUGGCUGUACCAUUCAUAUCUGCUGUGUUCACACACACUUCUGCACCCGGGUACUCACCACCAGCACGGAACCGCACAGGGCUGGGCUGGAAGGACUCCAAAGGCCAUCUCGUCCCAGUGCCACACCAGCCCUGUGUGGCUGUGCUGAACUGGCCACGGCUCAGGAGCUAAACACAGCCAUCCCAGCCCCUCUGAGGAGCAGCUGGAAUGCCAGGGGGUGAUCUUCUGCCAAAUUUAAUGCAAUGGAUAGAGUGGGUUUACUCCUAAUGUGACACUUUCAUUACAAGUUUUAACUGGGAGUUUACAAGAUAGUUCCCACAGUUUGCUCUGGGGAUCAUAGUGACAUCAUUAACCAGCACUUAUAUCACUGAAUCAGGAUUUGAUAUGAAACUAUUUUCAUGGGGCAUUAGAUACUGAGAGUUUAUCAGUUUUAUCACAGAAGAUUAGGCUACAAAAUCAUUAUCUGAAACGAGCAAGUAAGUUACUAUUUAAUAAAAUGAAAGUGUGUGACAUGGGUACAAUGUUUCAAUUGCAUUUUCUCACUGCUUUAACAGGUUAUACUGAUGUUUCGUAGGAAAACAAUAUUAAUUUGCAAAACAACAUUAGACAAUUUUACAUCAUAGUAAGUUCAUUUAAGAUUAAUCAGCACCCAGAAAGGUACUACAAAGAUGCAUCACGCAUGAACACACAUUCCCUUUUUUACAGAUACAUUUCAGCAAAACCAAACCAGUGCACGAGUGCAUUUCCCUGCAGUAUUUUUUAAAACAUAGGGCUGAGCACUGACCGGUGACCCAGAGCACAAUUUACCCCCUCAGCUAAGAGGAGGGUAGAAAAGUUUCUCCAGAAAUACUUGUGCAGACUCCGGAGGGGAUGCUCAGAGGAUGUUCCACAGGAGUGCCCUGCCAAGGACACAUAAUUGACCAGGCUCACAGCAAGGUAUGUGGGGGCAAAAUAACAGAAUAUUGCUGAACAGCUUUUAUUGGGCAGACUGAGGAAAUAAAAAAACCUGACACCUCCACAUAAAGUUAAACCUCCACCUUUUUUUUUUACUCCGCUCCCAAGGCUCCUGUUUCACAGGUCAGUGUCUGACCAAAGAACUGCAGGGCAGGAGAGAAACGUGAGGAAGAACAGGCAACACACACAGGGACGGAGAAGAUUUAAAUUCUAGGAUGGGGAACAGCCAGACCACUUUUGUAGGCUUCUCCAAUGCUGCUGCUGUCAAUCAAAUACAGGACAUUAUUUCACACAACUGUGUGGUGAUUUUCUCUAAAACAACAUGCCCAUACUGCAAAAUGGCAAAAAACCUGUUUGAGGGUUUGAAUGUGAAUUACACAGCUGUGGAACUGGACACAAAUACAAACGGAAGGCAGUUCCAAGAUGUUCUGGAACAGAUGACUGGUGGCAGAACAGUCCCAAGAGUGUUUAUCAAUGGGACUUGUGUUGGAGGUGCAACAGAUACUCAAAAGCUUCAUGAGGAAGGCAGACUGCUUCCUUUAAUUCAUCAGUGUACCAUGAAAGGAAACUGCUGAGCAGCCAGCUUUGUCUUCCUUUGCACGAACAGAAUUUCAGAUGAAUUCAGGAGAUCACAGACACACGGCAGGAGCUGCACUCACAACCUCAAACCAUGGCUUUCUGAAUUACGGAUCACUGCCAGACCUCAUGGACUCGCUGAAUUACUUGGUGUCCUUGCCUCAGCUCUCCCACAACCCAGACAGUCAUUAGCAAACAGGAUGUAACUCGUGGGGCUCUUAGUGAGACAGUGAUGUCAUUCCAUGGUGAUUACAUCCUGCUCAGGGAAGUCCAGGCUCUGCAAAAAGAAUCCUGUGGAUUUUGCUGCACGUUAGUUGCUUUCUAGCUUUGUCUCAAUAAAUGGUCAGAUUAAUGUAAUGGUUUCUUUAAACAUAAUUCUCUGUCAAACUGAAGUGUAAAGCAAACCCAGUUUGUAAUCAGUGGCGUGUGCAUGUCUGCUUCUCCUGUAUCCCAGUCCUAUCCCUCAGCUCCCACACUGUGUGUCCAAUGGAACAGCAAAGGGAAUAAAGGUUCUGGCAGCUCCCA